AUGAAGCUAUUCACUUUCACUGUGACAACUAUCAUCAUCUCCAUGAUAUUUGACCAAGCACCCAUCACCACUGAAGCAAGAAAGUUGAGGAAAACAAAUGAUCACCAAAAUCAUUUCAAAGCUGGAUCUACGCAUGAGUUUGUGCCUACUUCUCCACGAAACAGUCCUGGCAUGGGACCAAAAAAAGGUAAUGCAAAUGUUCAAGGGUUUCGAGAAGACUUAAAGCCCACGGAAGGAAGAAGGCUGCAGAAAACGAACGAUUUUGCACCUACUUCUCCAGGAAACAGUCCCGGGAUGGGGCACAAGAAAGGAAAUACAAAUGUUGAAGGGUUUAAAGAUGACUUAAAGCCCACGGAAGGAAGAAGACUGCAGAAAACGAACGGUCAAGACCACUUCAAAACCGGAUUCACAGACGAUUUCGCUCCUACUACUCCAGGAAACAGUCCUGGCGUGGGCCACAAGAAAGGGAAUGCAGAUGUUAAAGGGCUUAAAGAUGACUUCGACUCCACGGAAGAUAGACAACUGCUGAAAAUGGACGGCCAAGAUCAUUUUAAAACCGGAACUACGGACGAUUUUGCACCAACUUCUCCGGGAAACAGUCCCGGGAUGGGUCAUAAGAAAAAAGAUGACUUCAAGCCCACGACACCAGGACAUAGCCCCGGAAUUGGUCAUGCCGCCAAUAACGAUAAGCUUAAAGCUUAA